AUGCUUACAUGCAUUCCUUGUCCCGGUCCCAAAGGAUUCAUCAAGGAAAUCACCAACCAUAUUAAGGACCUGUCCUUGAAGGUUGUGCGGGUCCAACGGAGGAGGAAGCCGGAAUGUUCGGAAGCAACAGCUACAAUGGAGGCCAAAGGAGAAGAAGAGGAAAAGGAAUGGGUGGCAGAGCCCGAGCAUGGGGUUCUUAUAACCUUGAUCCCUCUGCCUAACGGAGGCAACCAUAUAAAAAGAAUACGUUUUAGCUUGGAGCUGUUUGAUGCCUGGGCAGCUCAGAACUGGUGGAGUGAAAACUUUGACAAAAUUGUAGAGCUCUAUAGCAUUUCUCAAAGUCAAAUACCUCAGACACCAUCAGCUCAUUCCAUCGACGAGAAGAAUCCAAUCGAUUCAGCUCAAAUUUAUGAACUAAAGGAGUCAGCAGGAACCCCUAACAACUCCACAGAAUCACCGCAGUCACCAAGAACGGAACCAUGCAGCAGUGCUCCAGCGGGAGAAAGCUCGACCACAACUGUUCCAAGAGGGAUCCAGGGCAAGGUGGUAGAGUGGGUGGUGGAAGACGAACCUGGUGUCUUUGUUACCAUUCAUUCUUUGCCAGAUGGCUCCAGAGAGCUAACGCGCGUUGAACUCAGCCGGGAGGUGUUCGGAGAGGUGAAGGCAAAGGUAUGGUGGGAAGAAAACAGAGCCAGAUUAUAUGAACAGUACGUAUAG